AUUCUCUUUAAACGCUGCAAUUGUAUAGCUCUCUGCUUCUUGACUUGAGGGGAAAAAAUGGACGGAUAAAUUUUUGUGCUCUGUUUUGAUUCUUUCUCUUUUCCUCUGUUCAAAAGAUUGCUUGCUUUUUCCUUUGCCUUUUGCCACUCCUUUUCAUGGAUGCCCUUUAUUUCUUUAUCAGUUUCUAGGCACAAUGUGUAGCUGGUUCACACAUAGUUAAGUUUUUUUCUAUUUUCUGCAUAUUCACAUGCCUUAUUCUAUUUUGGACCUACUCUUUUGGGUAUAAAUAGGGAUUACUGGCUUGGCUUGUCUUCAUUGCAGUACCAUUUCUCACUUCACUGGUGAAGCUGGUCUUUGGGUUGGGGGUGUGUGCUAAAGUUGCAUUUCAGAUAUCAUGAGUUAUUUAAACCCUUCAACUGGCUCUGGAAGUAGAACUUCUAGAAUGACAUUUGAAUUUGGGAGGACAUAUGUAGUGAGGCCCAAGGGAAAACACCAGGCUACAAUAGUCUGGCUGCAUGGCCUUGGUGAUAAUGGCUCCAGUUGGUCCCAACUUUUGGAAAGCCUACCCCUUCCCAAUAUCAAAUGGAUAUGUCCAACAGCGCCAACUCGUCCUGUAGCUAUACUUGGUGGAUUUCCUUGCACUGCAUGGUUUGAUGUGGGAGAACUUUCUGAUGACGGUCCUGAUGAUCUUGAAGGGUUAGAUGCUUCAGUUGCACAUAUUGCGAACCUAUUGUCAACUGAACCUGCUGAUGUUAAACUUGGAAUUGGAGGCUUCAGCAUGGGUGCAGCCACUGCACUCUACUCGGCAACUUGCUUUGCACAAGGAAAAUAUGGAAAUGGAAACCCUUAUCCGGUCAUCUUAAAGGCUAUCAUAGGUCUAAGCGGCUGGCUUCCAGGUUCAAGGAACGUGAGGAACAAGAUUGAAGGAUCACUUGAGGCUGCAAGACGUGCUGCAUCUUUACCUAUUCUACUCUGUCAUGGAAUGUGCGAUGAAGUAGUCCCUUACAUAUAUGGAGAGAGGUCUACUCAUGUCUUGAGCUCAGCUGGAUACCGGAAUCUUGCAUUCAAAAAAUAUGAUGGGCUUGGUCAUUACACAGUGCCAAAGGAAAUGGAUGAGGUCUGUAAUUGGUUAAGUGCAAGACUUGAACUUGAGGGUUGCCGAUGAUAAACGCAGUCAAGAGUUUCAUGAUUGAAGUAUUGAGUGAGUGAGGGAAAAUGCAUGAAGAAGCAAUAAUAUGGGAGUACACACAGUUUUUAUGUAGUUAAUUAUAUGCGUUUGGUGAAUUCUAGGACCUUAGACUUCCAGUUUUGACUCGAUAAUGUGCUGCAAAAUAAAGUUUUGGAUGUGUUUCUUUUUUCAUCACUUGUAGACACCACCUGGAUAUUCUUUUUUCCAAUUCCUCUCAUAAUUUUGGAGUCAUUGUACCAUGAUGUAUCAAUAUUAAUGGAUAUUAUGCCUAUUGUGUA